AUGGAGCGUGGAUGGACCAAGUCAAUGCUGGUGGCCAUGGCUGCCUGCGCCUCGACUUCAAUUGCUUCCCCCACUGAGUUUAAAUGUGCUCACGAUUCUGCCCCGAUGCAGGCCCAUUUGGCCUAUUCUGGAGACCAUGGCAUGACUGUUAGCUGGAACACUUACUCCAAGCUGGACCACCCAUAUGUUCGCUACGGUCGCCACCCCAAUGCUCUUGUGCAAUGGGCCGCAUCGGACGUUUCGGUCACCUAUCCCACUUCGACCACCUACAACAACCAUGUGAAGAUCACUGGUCUGGAGCCGAACACUAUGUAUUAUUAUCAACCGCAGUGUGGAAACUCCACUCAGAUCUAUACCAUGAAGACCGCUCGCGUUCCUGGUGAUAAGACCCCCUUUACCAUCGCAGUUGGCGGUGACCUGGGCUUGAUGGGUCCCGAGGGACUUACUACCACUACUGGUCCAAACGGCGGGAACGCUGCCUUGGGUCCCAAUGAUAACAACACAAUUCAAUCGCUGCAGUCCAUGAAGUCAGAAUGGGAAUUCUAUUGGCACCCUGGUGACAUUGCCUACGCCGAUUACUGGUUGAAGGAAGAGGCCCAAGGCUUCCUUCCCAACUAUACAGUCAGUGAUGGCCCGGCUCUGUAUGAGUCCCUUCUGAACCAGUACUACGACGAGAUGACUGCCUUGACUGCCGAUCGGCCCUACAUGGUUGGACCUGGUAACCAUGACUCGAACUGUGACAAUGGUGGUACCACCGACAACGGUGUUGCUUACAAUGUCAGCAUUUGCCCUAUGGGCCAGACUAACUUCACCGGCUUCCGCAACCAUUAUCGUAUGCCUAGCGAUAUCUCUGGUGGCGUCGGAAACUUCUGGUACUCCUUCGACCACGGAAUGACCCACUUCAUCCAGUUGAACACGGAAACUGAUAUUGGGAAUGGAUUUAUUGGCCCUGACGAGCCUGGAUCUUCAGAAGGCAUGAACUCUGGGCCAUUCGGAUCUUAUCCUAACGAGCAAAUCGAUUGGCUCAAGAAGGACCUGGAGAGUGUGGACCGUAAGAAGACACCAUGGGUCAUUGCUGCUGUGCAUCGCCCUUGGUAUGUGAGUGCCAAGAACAGCAGCUCUACCGUCUGUACCGAGUGCAAGGAUGUCUUUGAGCCUUUGCUCGUUAAAUACAGCGUUGAUCUCGUCAUCCAAGCCCACACCCACUUCUACGAGCGCAACCAGCCCUUGAACGACUAUGUCGUUGACCCUGCCGGUCUUAACAAUCCCACCGCCCCGUGGUACAUUACCACCGCCGCCCCUGGCCACUACGAUGGAUUGGACAACUAUGUUUCACCUCUGAAGCCUUACGCUGUCUACGCUGAGGAUACCGCCUACGGAUGGAGCAAGAUCACAUUCCACAACUGCACUCAUAUGACUCAUGAAUUCGUGUCUAGCAGCAACAACACCAUUCUUGACACCGCCACCUUGUUCAAAGACCGCAAGUGCGGCUCCGAACAGCAGCACCACGGCUGGUUUUGA